GUUCCCAGCUGCUUAUAUAAGUACUUAAUCUCUUGGGAGACUGAGAGAAAGAGGUGAGCCAGAGCGAGUCAAACCAUCCUUCUGAAGUCACUGAAGGGUCAAUGAACCAGGAGGACUGGAAAUAAGUUCUCAAACCUCGCCAACUUUUUCUGCAAUAGCUGUAAGUAUUUCAUUUUAUUGAGUAACUCUAGUGAGCCAAUGGAAUACCUCACACUGUUGCUGAAAUUCUGCACAAAGGCUCAGAGACACCAUGUUCCCCUGUAGACUGGCUGUCCUCUUACUGAUGUCACACAUAACUAUGAUGCUGGCAGAGCCACCUGGCUGCAAGAUUCGGAUUACAUCCAAAGGGCUUGAGAUGUUGAAAUCCGAGAUCCAGAAGUUUGUGAAGGAAGAACUGGGGAACAUCACCAUUCCGGAUCUGCAGGGCAAGGACGGUGUCUUCCAGUACAAAAUUCAAGAUGUGAAGAUCAAUGAACUGAAAUUCACCUUCGUAGACCUACGGUUCCAGCCAGAUGUUGGUCUGGUCUUUGAGGUCCACAAUUCUUCCAUUUCUCUGAGCUUCCAGCGACAGAUCCAGUACUGGUUAUUACAUGAUGAGGGGGUCAUCAAUGCCUCAGCAGAAGACGUGAACAUCCACACAGCCCUGCACUUGAACAAGGACAUGUACGGUCGCCUCAAGAUCUCCAACAUCUCAUGUGAUGCCAGCGUGGGAAAAAUGCGCGCCAAAUUUAGUGGCACCCUAGGGAGGGUAUAUGACUUUUUGGGUACCUUUCUGACAACAGCCAUGCGCCUCAUCUUAAACCAGCAGAUCUGCCCAACUCUGAAUCAUGCUGGUUUAGAAUUGAUGAACUCCUUGUUGGAUACAGUUCCAGUUCGGACAACUGUAGACAAGUACGUAGGUGUUGACUACUCCCUUCUGAGUGAUCCGCUUGUGACAGCCAAUAACCUUGACAUGGAUUUCAGGGGAAUGUUCUUCGAGCUCCACAACGUGAGCGACACACUGGUGAACUACGCUGUCUACCCAGUGGUCAGGGAGUAUGACCGCAUGGUCUACCUGGCCCUGUCUGAGUACUUCUUUGACAGUGGGAUGUACGCCUACUUCAAAGCUGGAGUUUUCAAGAUGGUCAUCGCCAAUGAGAAGAUGCCAAAGGACCUGGAGAUGCUACUGAGGACAACCUAUUUCGGCACGAUAUUCAUGCUGAACCCUGCUCUGGUAGAGGCCCCCAUCUCCUUGCACCUAGAGGUGACCAGUGCUCCACACUGCGUCAUCAGGACAUCGGGGGCCAGCGUGGCCGUCACCUCUGUGGUCACCGUGAUGGUGCUGCCUCCUGGCCAGCUCCCUGUGCAGCUCAGCAGCAUGACCAUGGAAACCAAGCUAAAUGCCAAGGUUUCGAUGAAGGGCAAGAGGCUGGCUCUUCAGAUGGAUCUGAGAAAGUUUAAAAUCUACUCCAACCAGUCUGCUCUGGAAUCAUUAGCACUCAUCCCCCUGCAGGGCCCCUUGAAGGCAAUGCUACAGCUUUCAAUAGUACCCAUCAUCAACAAUCGAACGAAGAAAGGAGUUCAGAUCCCGCUUCCAGAAGGGAUGGACUUCAUUGAGGAGGUGGUGGAGUAUCACAAUGGGUUCAUCAUCAUUGGAGCCAACCUCCACUUCACUGAAGGCCUCAGAGAGGUGAUUGAGAAGAAUCGGCAGGAGGUGCCAAGCAACAGCACCGCAUCUCCCUGAGCUGGAAACUCCUCUGUCGUCCGCCGGGCCUCAUUGCAGACUUCUUGCAGAUUCGCACUUUAAAAUUUAUCAUUCACUUAUCCAUCAGGAGAAGUAACAUCAAGAACACACAGGGAUGAAUUUAGAGGCACUGACUGCUCAAACUGCAUGCAUCGAGGCUGUAAAUGGAGGAAAAAAGCGAUACGUUACAUACACACAAAGCCGGAUUCAAACCCUGCAACUGAGGCAACAACACCAACCCUUCAACAACCACAUCAGGUCCUACAACAGAAAGCCCAUCUAGACCAGAUUUUUCAGUGUGUGAACUUAAAUGCUCACCAGGAAAUAUUUACAGCAGCAAAUCUCCUUCUUGUUGGAUAUGUAAAUAUUCUGAGACUUACACUGCGAUCAAGCUCCAUUCUGUAUAGCUA